AAUUGACUUUGUUGUUUGCUAUUGACAAUAAUGUUGCUGUAACGUUUUUAUAGUGUCUGUCAAAUUUUCUACAGUUACUGGAGGCAGCAUGCUGCGCAGUUGAAUCCAGAACUGUUCUGUAACGCUGCAGCUGGGAGAGAGCCUAUUAUCGGACAGGGUCAGUGGGCGGGGCCUCAGUGGCUGGGGCCACUCCCUCUGUCGGCCCUGAUUUGCAUAAAGAGCAGUGAAAGUUCGGAGCGAGGCAGAAGGAGGAGCAGCUGACUUCAGGAUCCAGAGACGGAGCUUCAUCUCGCCAGAGGGGGAAAUUACAUUCCUAUCAAAAUGUUGGCCAAACAAAAGCUAUCCUACUGCAUUGGCAUAUUCUUGGUGGUGUUGAGGCUGGCCCACGCCCAAUACGAAUACCUCGGAUACCCACCGGGCUACCCAGACCCUGAACAGGAACAGUACACCCCUCCGGUCCUGGCUGCAGAUACCCCCAGGAUUCAGCUCCGACUAGCAGGACAAAAGAGGAAGCACAACGAGGGUCGAGUUGAGGUUUACUACAACGGUACAUGGGGUACUGUCUGCGACGAUGACUUCACCAUCCAUGGUGCCCAGGUGGUGUGCAAGGAACUGGGCUAUCAGGAAGCAGUCUCAUGGGUCCCAUCUUCUAAAUAUGGGAAAGGAGAAGGACCCAUCUGGUUUGACAAUCUCCAGUGCACUGGAAAAGAGAGGACGCUGGCUCUGUGUCCAUCCAACGGUAUUGGUGUUUCUGACUGCAAACACACCGAAGAUGUAGGCGUGGUGUGCAGCGACCGCAGGAUCCCUGGAUUUAAAUUUGUCAACACAUUGCCCAAUCAUGUGGAGGUAAUCUUCUCCAAAAGCUGCAUGCGUUUUUUAUAUUUCCUUAUUAUUAUUGUCCUUGUGGACUGUGGGCCUCGGAGAUACCAGCCGGUGCUUGUGGUUUGUUCUGAUGUAACUUCUCUCCAACAGAUUAAAAAUUUAAUGUUUUUCUUGUUAUUUGAGCUUGUUAUUUAA